AGUACUCCCUGCGCCUUCGGCUGUGCGCUACCGCGAGGGCCCGCUCCUCCAUGCUGUGUUGUGCGUGCGCGUGAUGGACGUGAGUGCCUCCGUGCAGUACAACGCUAUCGCUGCAAACAAGCAGGUGUCGCCCUCGACCAGUUACUUCGCUUCCGGUUCGGCGAAGUUACGUCAGAAAAGUUCGACCAACGUGUUCCGUCAGGCAUCUUAAAAGUUGACCGGCGAUCAGUGCUCCUUGUGUCUGCUGGAAGGAAGCUACAAACUGGCCUUUAGCUGCGUUGCCGUCGCUUCAACACCGGGGUAAACCGAGGAACGCUGUGACGAAUCGGUGGGCCGCGGCGUUCGAGCGGCAGUGUGAGUUGGUUAGCGUCUUGAAAAAGGAGCCGACGUGCCGCUCCCGGAGUUCGGCGUGGUGCCCUGCACGGGCAGCGGCGACGGUUCGGGACCGUCCGCGAGUGUUUCCGAAGGUACUACGCUGUGCGGCUACGGCACUGCCCUGGAGGCCAAUUCAUUCCCAGCACUCGGCGGACCAGAGUGGGCGUCGGGUGCGGGCCGCUGCUGGAUGCAGGGCCACCACUCGGCGCCUAGCAUGGCGCUCAGCACCAUCAGACCGCUCCUCACGGGCUACCCCUUCCAGGGCCAGGGUCGCGUUAACCAGCUGGGCGGCGUGUUCAUCAACGGCCGGCCGCUGCCCAACCAUAUUCGGCUCAAGAUCGUCGAGAUGGCGGCCGCCGGCAUCCGGCCCUGCGUCAUCUCCCGACAGCUCAGGGUGUCGCACGGAUGCGUCUCCAAGAUCCUGAACCGCUACCAGGAGACCGGCAGCAUCCGGCCGGGCGUGAUCGGCGGCAGCAAGCCCCGGGUGGCGACGCCCGAGGUGGAGAAGCGCAUCGAAGAGUACAAGCGCGAGAACCCGGGCUCCUUCUCGUGGGAGAUCCGUGACCGACUCAUCAAGGAAGGUGUGUGCGAGCGCGCCAGUGCCCCCUCGGUGUCGUCAAUCAGCAGGCUGCUGCGGGGUCCCCGUGAUGAGGACGAUGACACUAAGGGACUGCAGCACAAGCACUCCAUCGACGGCAUACUGGCCGCCAAAGAUAUGACAGCCGGCUCCCGACUGUCCGGCGGCGAGUGCAGCAUGGAUUCGUACUCUGACGGCGAGUGCGGGGGCGACCCGACAGCCGAGCCGGGGCUGACGCUGAAGCGGAAGCAGCGCCGAUCGCGCACCACCUUCUCGGCGACGCAGCUGGACGAACUGGAGAAGGCGUUCGAGCGAACCCAGUACCCGGACAUCUAUACGCGCGAGGAGCUCGCGCUGCGGACGCACCUCACCGAGGCAAGGGUCCAGGUCUGGUUCAGCAAUCGGCGUGCGCGCUGGCGCAAACAGAUGGGCAACCAGCCGAUGAACGGCUUCCCGUCGCUCGGCAUGCCCGUGUACCCGGCCGCCACAGCCGCUGCCAAUCAAUAUCUCCUGCAGUCCACCGAGCCUCAGUCCUACGCGCCGCCGCACCAUGCGACCCAGGCGCCGCAAGGUCAGUGGAACUUCCACGCUGAUCCCUCUUCUAUGGACUCGGAACGAAUUAAAAGCGAGGCUGUUCCUUCGUCAGUGGUUUCGACCAUGAGUCAUGCUGCAUCGGACCCGCGUACGAGCGCAUACGGCGCUGAUCAGCACUACGGCGUGCCCCAGCAGCCGCUCAAGCCGCAGGUGAGAAUGCUGAACAUGCUGUCGAGCCCCGCGGAAUAUGGGACCCUCCAGCAGCCGGACGAAUGGCGCUCGCAGGCGACGAGCUGUUGGCCCUUGCCCAUGGCACCCAUGCCGACGGCUCCGAGCACCGCUGCGGCCGCGGAACCGUCGUUCGCCACGGACGCUUUCGUGUCGCCGCCAUACAGUGGGCCCGGAAUGGACAUCAAGGCGGCGUCCAUGUACUACCAGGGGCUUAAGGGACUGCAACUCUGACCCCCCCGCUGCUGACCUUUUUGUAUAUAGCGCAUUGCAGGCAAAGUGGCACCUCUUGUCAUCCACUCAGAAAACUUGUCACAACUCAGUGCUCGCCUGCUGAUCCGACAGACCUCCUAGAAGCAUUCGGGUGUCGUUAGUGUGAACAGUGGCGCCCGUGACCUGCGCUUCCGUCUUGCUCUCCGCUUAUGGGGAAUUCUAAUUACCAUUUCGAACGCGAUAUAUAUAUAGGUUAAUCAUCGAGCGAUCGCUCGGACAUCUCAACCUUCCACAGGUCAUUGUGAUGAUACGCGCGGGAUCACAGCCGUAACUGUAACGAGCGGCGGGGAACACGAACGUGUGCCCAAUGUAGAACAGUCAAAAAAGAAUGUCCCGCUGUGGGAUCGCAAAAACUUUUUCCAGAUCGACCAGGGGAAAUCGCGUUUGGCGUAAUAUGUCUCGCCGGCAGAUCCGUGCAGCGAAGUUGAGCGCACUAGCGACCAACUCUCGGCAUUGUAGAAGACGCUAUAAAUUAAACUGCUCCAGGCAACUAGCAGUUGUAUGAAUGCGUUAUCAACUUCCCGACUGCAUCAGUGUACCGCUUUGAUUGCACAGGUGGC